UUGAGCUGAUUGUGGAGGACUUCCCGAGGAAACACACCACUCUGGCCUACACUGAUGGCUCCAGCUCUAACAGAUUCGCUCUGAGUGGUGGAAGACACCAAACGUCAAUCAGCGUGACACCGUACCCAUCAUGGUAUUCCCAAAGUACCACAACUGGUCCAUGGUGGCAACAAACUACAUCUGCUCCAUCAUGGUGGUGGUGGUGGUACCAGCAACAAACGACCACAGCUCCACCUACAACUACACCAUGGUGGUGGUUUAUCAGCAACAGCAGCAAUCGACCACCGCUUCACCUACAUCUGCUCCAUCAUGGUGGUGGUGGUGGAACCAGCAACAAUCGACCACCACUCCACCUACAACUACACCAUUGUGGUGGUUGUAUCAACAACAGCAGCAAUCGACCACCACUCCACCUACAUCUCCAUCAUGGUGGUGGUGGUGGUACCAGCAACAAACGACCACUGCUCCACCUACAACUACACCAUGGUGGUGGCAACAUCAACAGACAACCACUGCUCCACCUACAGCUGCCCAGUGGUGGUGGUGGCUGCAGACCACGACCACAACCACAACCACAACACAGCCACCUCAAGAGUACACAACUUCCAUGACUUCACAUCAGGGUUCUUAUGAACCUUUCAGCAAGCUCCCUCUGCAAUUCAGUUUUCUCGUUGAUUCAGCUGCUCCUUCCUGCACCGAGGGACAUUACAUACCUCAGUUUGUGUCACCGACUCCACUCAAUGGAGAUGAAAUCCAAGCUACGCCACUCCGUGAAGUGGAAAUCCGGGUUAAGGCUGCAGCAGCUUAUUCAGCGGUUACUGAUGUAAUUAUCAGUGGUCCUCUGAACAUAACUAAGCACGCUUUGAGCACUGGAGAGUACGCCAUCAGAUGGACACCAAUGAGGAGCGACCUCGGCGAUCAUUUCCCUGUGUGUUUCAUCGCUGAGAGCAUGAGCGGAAGCAGUGUUUAUCAGUCUGAAAUGAGAUGUGUCAUUAUCAACGUUGGACACCAGACUGUGGAGGCUCAUGUGAUUUGCUCUGCAACCAACAUGGCUGUUGAAAUUGAGCAGUUGCACUCCGUUGAGCUCCACAAGGACUAUCUGCGACUCAAUGAUCCCGCCUGCACUUUGGACUCAAACGGCACUCAUGUGUUGGCAAACAUCUCCCUCAAUGCUUGUGGUACCAUGAUUGAGGAGGAUGAAGAGUACAUCAUUUUCAAGAACCAAAUUUUCUCAACCGAUGACCCGAACAGCAUCAUUACCAGAAAGCACGAGGUGGAGAUUGAGUUCUCCUGUCGCUACGAGAAGAAAAACAACAUUUCACUGGAGUUCACUGCACGAAAACACAUAACCACCAUCACCGAGAAAGGCUUUGGCACCCUCACCUACAGCUUUGGACUUUUCAAAACAGAAAACUACUACACAGAAAUCGACGUGACCGCAUAUCCAGCAGAGUACGAGCUUGGGGAGAUGAUUUACAUGCAGAUCGAAUCCCAGUCUACAAUCAGCAACACAGAGCUUUUUGUCGAAUCAUGUGUUGCGACACCAUACAAUGACCCCAACUACCAAACAUCCUACACAAUCAUUCAAAACGGCUGCACCUUGGAUGAAACAGUUGAGUUCUACACAAGCCACCAGCCAAUGGCCCGCUUCGGCCUGCAAGCCUUCCAGUUCAUUGGAAUGCAUGAGCAGGUGUUCAUCACCUGUUCGGUGAUUCUGUGUGAGGCAAACAAUCCCAACACCCGCUGCUCUCAGGGCUGCGUCAACAGCACAGUCGCACCACCGUCCCACCACCAACACAAAAGAGAGGCUCCCAUCCAGACCAGCAGUCACUUAGUCGCCCAGGGGCCCCUGCGGCUGAAAAGGAGCAUAGAGCAUGAAGUGUCCUCCACGGUCUUGAACCUGAAUCUGGCUUUCAUUGCUGGAUGUCUCCUUGCAGCUGUUGGCAUGGUGUGUGGUGUUCUCUUCUACAGAACCAGGAGAUCCCACGUCAAAUAUCAGCCUCUUAAGUCAGAUGACAUUUAAUAGAUCCUCUC